UUUGAGGAGAAAAUCGAAUCGAACCGAACCAUAUCUACCCCUACCAGAGGGUGGUUGGGGUGGGGAAGUCAUCAGAUUGGGUGAAGGUUGGGUGGAAUUAGGGGUUGGAGUUGGGGAUUUACAGUUUGAAUGUGAGAAUUAAGUUAGAACUAACAUAUUGAUGCCCCUGUUUAUUUAUAUAUAUAUUUUUUAACAUAAGCAAGAAAAAAAAAACUUAAAUAGAACGACGUCGUUGACGCUCAGGAAAAAAGAAAAAAUAAGGGAGAAGGGGAGCGCAUUGCGCGCGCAAGCAACACUCGAUAGUCUGUGCUGCAGCAUGUCAUCAAACAUGUUGCAUGGGUUAAUUUCCCCUCAUAUGAUGGAUUCCAGCGUUGCCAGGGUCAAUUGACCACGCUUGUUCCUUUGUGGAUCUGACACUGCCACCAUCGUCAUUAUUAUUAGAGGAAACAAAAAAAAUUCAAUGGGUCUUAACCGAAAAAAAAUAGAAGAAAAAAAGAAGUUACCGUUGUUUUGUUGAUAAAUUUACACAUAGAAGGUGCUUCUCCUGCAUAACUUUCAAGUGUUUUUUCAAGUAACAUUUGAAUUUUUAAUAUAAAAUGCUUAUAAUUUUUUUUAUUUUUAAAAACACAAUAAUAGCAUGAGUAAAAGUGAAUAAAACUCAAGAAACCCCAAAAUGAAAACUUUCCUGGGCAUUGCUCACACUCUCAGUCUCACACCAAUAGCGGAAAACCCCAAAUAAAACCCAUAAAUGAGUACUUUCCUCUUCUCUCUCCUAAAACCCCACACCACCUCUGAACCCACCAAGCUUCUUCUACAUCACCACCACCAAUGGCGCGGCAUAGCCAAGGUCCGCCUGAAAUGGGUCAAGAAUCGGAGCUUAGACCACAUCAUCGACACCGAGACCGAUCUCAAAGCUGCUUGCCUCCUCAAAGACGCCAUCAAGCGCUCGCCAACUGGCUUCCUUACCGCCAAGUCCUUCGCCGAUUGGCAAAAGCUUCUCGGCCUAACUGUCCCAGUUCUUCGCUUCAUGCGCAGGUACCCUACUCUUUUUCAAGAAUUUCCACAUGCCCGCUAUGCCAGUUUGCCCUGUUUUAAGUUAACAGACACUGCACUAUUGUUAGACUCACAAGAACAGAGUAUACACCAAACCCACGAGAGUGAUACUGUGGAGAGGCUUUGUAGAGUGCUUAUGAUGACAAAAAGUAAAACUAUACCGCUCCAAUCUUUGUAUCCCUUGAAAUGGGAUCUGGGUUUGCCUGAUGGUUUUGAGAAAGUGUUGGUUCCAAAAUACCCUGAUUGUUUUAGAAUCAUUAAGGCCUCAAAUGGGAUUGGUUGCUUGAAGGUCAUACAAUGGCCCAAGGAGUAUGCGGUGUCGGAAUUGCAGAGGAGUAAAGAGGGUGGUGAUUUAGGGGAUGAGUAUAGACAAUUCAAGAGGGGGCAGACUGUGUUGGCAUUCCCGAUGAAUUUUCCAAAGGGUUAUGGAGGGCAGAAGAAGGUUAGGGUAUGGAUGGAGGAGUUUCAAAAGUUACCAUACAUUUCGCCCUAUGAGGAUUCUAGGCAUAUUGAUCCUAAUAGUGAUCUUAUGGAGAAAAGGGUUGUUGGAGUUUUGCAUGAGUUAUUGAGCUUGACUCUUCAUAAGAAGACCAAGAGGAACUACUUGAGAAGCUUGAGAGAGGAACUAAAUCUUCCUCAUAAAUUUACGAGAAUUUUCACAAGGUAUCCGGGGAUUUUCUACCUCUCAUUGAAAUGUAAAACAACCACUGUUGCUCUCAGGGAAGGGUACCAGAGAGGGAAAUUAGUGAACUGGCAUCCCCUCACACGCGUGAGAGAGAAGUUUUAUCAUGUCAUGAGAACAGGGCUUCUUUAUCGCAGUAAAGGUGUGCACUUGCUAUCCCCGCAAGAGAUUUUACUUAACAGUGUGGAGAGUGAAAGUGGGCCGGAAGAAUCUGAAGAGGACGAGGUUGGGACAGGUGAUGAAUGCUAUGAGGAUGAAAUGUCAAAUUUGGAUUCGGAAGGGUCUGAUGAAGAUUAAUGUUUGUAUCAGAGAACUUCAACAUUUUGCUUGAAUUGGAUAGAAGCCAUUAUUGACUUUCAAGUAAGAAAUUCUGAACAAAAGUUCCCUCUAUAGAGUUUUCUUGUUUAUGGCCCUUCAAGUAGUGGCCUUCUCAGGUGAACCAAUAAGGCCAAGCAGCAUUUCAAGUUAACACGAAGAUGAUGGUCCAAGGGUGUAGGAUGACUUCUCUUCACAGUGAAAUCUCCGAAAAUCUUCCAAAUAGUGGACAUGAAAUGCAAUGACCAAGGCACCUAAUUGAAUUGAUGUAACAGCAGAGAAUGAAGUUGUAAAGUAUUUUCACAGAGAAAACACUACUGGAUUCGAUAGGGGCUAUAUAAUUCCAAACAAACAGCAGAUCUGCUUGUACCAUUUAGGUCAAGGGCAACAAUGUAACAAAUUCUGAGUCCCAAUUUUGAACAAAGAAAUUUUUCAGGGAAAGUUUGGUGCAUAAUAAAUAGUUCGAUUCCUUUGAUCAGCGUUA